AGCCAUAACUAGAGUACUAAACUGCAAAUUUCUCUUAAACCUCGUCUCGUCGGAUAGAAAACGCUUUCCCCACUAGGGUUUUGCACUUCUUCGAGUCGAAUCCGUGUAACAGGAAGAACCGCCGAAUUCCGCAGCCAUGGCAAGCACAAAAGUUCAGAGGAUCAUGACCCAGCCCAUCAACCUGAUUUUCAGGUUCCUUCAGAGUAAAGCUCGCAUUCAAAUAUGGCUUUUUGAGCAGCGAGACCUGAGGAUUGAGGGCCGGAUCAUUGGCUUUGAUGAGUACAUGAAUUUGGUUCUGGAUGAUGCUGAAGAAGUCAACGUUAAGAAGAAGAGCAGAAAAUCUUUAGGGCGGAUUCUUCUCAAGGGAGACAACAUAACUCUGAUGAUGAACACGGGAAAAUGAUGGUGAUUCCAGCAAAUGUAUAAAUCGGGUUAUGUUGCCUUUUCAAUUACAUGGAGGUCUAGCAUCCUUUGGUUUACUGCUAUGUUAGAUGGAACUACUGGACGUCAUGUAUGAUUAAUCAACUUAUCUUUGCCUACAUCUAUGGACUAGCUAGACGCAACUGUUGCUCGUUUA